UCUCCCUCGCGCUGUGUUUGUGUGAGGGGAAGGAAGGAAGGGCGGGAGGAGGAAGAGGAGGCAGGGCCUGGCCGCGGAGGUCGACCCCAGAAGGAUCCGGAGCCUAGGCCGGAGGAGCGACGAGGCGGCGGGGAAGGAGCCGACAGCCUGAGGGGAGGAGGAAGACCCACCCGCUCCGAGUCGCGCGCGCUCUCUUGGGGUUGGUUCCCGGCCGACCGGCGACGGUGGGCCGUUGGCUGCGCUGAGGGGAGGACGGAUGGCGGCAACAUCCGGGGCCUCCGGGGCGGCGGCGGCGGCUGGAGCUGGAGCCGGCGCGGCCCCGGCCCUCUACGCUUGCACCAAGUGCAACCAGCGCUACCCUUUCGAGGAGCUCUCCCAAGGACAGCAGCUCUGCAAGGAAUGUCGCAUUGCCCAUCCCAUGGUGAAAUGUACCUACUGUCGAUCAGAGUUUCAACAAGAGAGCAAAACUAAUACAAUAUGUAAGAAGUGUGCCCAAAAUGUGAAACAGUUUGGAACGCCGAAACCUUGUCAAUACUGUAACAUCAUUGCAGCUUUUAUUGGCACAAAAUGUCAGCGCUGCACAAACUCUGAAAAGAAAUAUGGACCGCCUCAAACAUGUGAACAGUGCAAGCAGCAGUGUGCUUUUGAUCGCAAAGAAGAGGGAAGAAGAAAGGUUGAUGGGAAGCUAUUGUGUUGGCUCUGCACUCUGUCCUACAAGAGGGUCCUGCAGAAGACCAAGGAACAGAGGAAGAGCUUAGGGUCUGCGCAUUCUAAUUCUUCCUCCACAUCUCUCUCUGAAAAAGACCAGCAUCAUUUGAAACACCACCAUCACCGCCAUCACCAUCACCAUCAUCGACACAGCAGUAGCCAUCACAAAAUCAGCAGUCUGAGUCCAGAACAAGAUCAGGGAUUGUGGAAACAGAGCCAUAAAUCCUCUGCAACUAUUCAGAAUGAAACUCCAAAGAAAAAGCCCAAAAUGGAAUCCAAGCCAUCUAAUGGAGAUAGUAGUUCUAUAAAUCAGUCUGCAGACAGUGGAGGGACUGACAACUUUGUCCUCAUAAGUCAGUUGAAAGAAGAAGUGAUGUCACUUAAACGUCUCUUGCAACAAAGAGAUCAAACCAUCCUGGAAAAAGAUAAGAAGUUGACAGAGCUGAAGGCAGAUUUUCAGUACCAGGAGUCAAACUUAAGGACAAAGAUGAACAGUAUGGAGCGAGCUCACAAGGAAACUGUGGAACAGCUUCAGGCAAAAAACCGAGAGUUACUCAAACAGGUUGCAGCAUUAUCGAAGGGCAAGAAGUUUGAUAAGAGUGGGAGUAUGCUGACAUCUCCAUGAAGAGCACGCUACCCUCAUAGGUGUGAAUAUUCAAAGGGAACUUUUGGCCAAUAACUGGUGUUCAGUGAGAGCGUGUGCUCUUUUUUUAAACCACAUCAUGCAAUAACAAGUUUGACUGGCAGCAAUUGUUACACAGAUUCAAUCACUGAAAUUGGGUUUAUAAAGAACACUUGGGCAAGAACAGAACUGGCCUGAGCUCUGGGCAGAUUGGCAUCAGGAAACACUACCCACCAUAUCAGUACUACAGCAGCAGCUAGCUUGGAAGGUGAAGCAGGAGGACUUGAUGUGUGGCAACUGCUUUCUGUUUGGGUCACAAUAAGAGUACGCAGAAGAUUUUAAAAUCAUGGUGCUUUUAUUACAUGUCGUUUAAACCUAUAAAUAUAUGUAAAAGAAUUUUAACAGUUUUAUUCAUAGUGAUUAGUGUUUUGCAUUUCUUGUGAUAGAAAUUUAAAAAGAGAUUCUUUAUUGUAAGUACCAGAACAAAAUGUGGUUUUUUGAAAAUUUACUGUAGACUUUUUUCUCUCGCCAAGUGCCUUUUCUCCAACUGUUUAUUUAUAGGAAUGCUGGUAUUUUGUAUAUAUGGAUUUGGGGGAUUUUUUAAAAAAAAUCAAGUUUCAUGUUUGUGUGUAUAUAUAAAUGUGUGUGUGUGUACAGAAGAAUCGAAUGCUAAGAUCAAAGUUGUUAGGAUCCUAGGGAAGGUGUUAAGAAUUGGUAAGCAAUGGAAAUAUUGGCUGUAGAUAACUGUAACAGACGUGUCUAUAGAGAGUAUGUCUUAACUUUUGUUGUGCCUAAUUUAAUCUCUUUUUUUGCUACAUUAAAACUACAGGGCUUUUAAAAGCAUAUUUUUGUCUCAAUGCUUUAGCAUUGUAGUCUACAUGGUAUGUCCUAAAUUGGAUGAUGCUCAUAUUUCUUUUAGUAGCAUCAUAGCAUAAUAAUACUUUAAAAAUUGGUUAAGGAAACAUGCUUUUUUUAUUAGUAUACAAUAAGAAACAACCUCUCCCCCCCACCUCUCCGUAAAAAUAGCUUUAUUUGCUGUAGGCACAGUCAUACAGUAGUUGUGUGUUGCAACAGGUAACCUGGGACAUUCAAAAGUGCCCCUGGACACUACCCGCUGAGAGCAAAACUGCCUGUUCCCAGGUGAACUGUAUAUCCCGCAGUAGCCGAGCUGGCCACUGGGCAGCCAGUCAGCUGCAGUCAGCAGCACAUUGUGGAUUGUAGGGAUUGAAUGAGCUGAAUCAGCAUUCUGUUCCACACUCGUAAGAGCCAUAUAGGCAUGUCCUAAAACAGUGGCUUUCGAACUGUCCCAGAGAACUCUGAGAUUAUGUGGAAAUUUAUCAAGAAGAUCAAAAGACACCUUACCCCUGCCCCUACCAAUUAUCAGCUGUCAUAGGCUGUUGUAGGAGGAGAGGGUUGGUUUGCAUGCUAGGAUAGUAAGACCUUCAUGGUCAGACUAGUUCUGCAUGAACAAACAAUGCACUCCAGAACUGUGCCCAAACCAUACUACAGGACACAGGAGUUUUGAAGCUAAUUGGCAGACAUAUCUCUGCAGGCACGUGUGGGGGCGGGGAGAACUUUAAAAGCUGCUUUUUGAAGGGAAAUGGUGGUGUCAGAGAAAUCUUAUUUUCUCCUCUGUUUAAAGUUCCAGUUGAUGCUUUGGGAUGCUAAUACAAAUGACAGAAAAAUGUCAAAAGCUUGCUCCAGAAAGCAUGCUUUCACCAGCUUUAAAACAAGCUGUUUUUCCAUGAAAUGGAAAGCCUGUUUGAUACAAGGGUGCUCACAUUACUAAUUAUUGCAGGAAUUACUUGCACUUCGGCUAGCGUUAUAUUUUGGGUUUGGGCCUCCAGCUACCUGAAGAUUGGGAGGAUUUGUUCCCAACAAACUACUGAAUAAUUGUAAUUGAAAGGGAAACAAAGCUGCUUUCUACAAUAUUGAGAUUUUUAAAAUUUUUCGUAUACUAAAAUAAACUUCGUAAGUUUAUAAAAACUAUUUUUUCUCUUACAUGAUAACACAGAUAGGGUAACCUAUUGAACUGUUCAGUCAUUGAAAAAGAGUUUUUUUAAUUACCAACUUUCAUUUCAUAGAAUUUUGAUAUCUUUUUCCAGUUGAACAGCCAUGUAUCACUGGUAUGUUCGAUUUUUUAACAAAUGGUCAAAACUUCUCAUAAAAUUGAUUGACAUCAAAGCAUUCCCAGUGACAUUUGCUAUGCUGCAGUAGGAACAUUUUAGAGAAAGAGAUACAAAAUUUGGUUUCCGAAUACUGGUGUUUUACCAAGCCCAGUAUAAAAAAUAUUUAGAGACUUCAGAUUGAUCAUUUAAAAUGCCAUUUGGGGUUUUUGAAUUUAAUAACCUCUUUUUAACUUGGAAUUUUUAAAGGCUAGACACUAGCAUGUGAAAUCCUGGAGUUGUAGGUAUUUUCACAAAGAACCUGAUUUUUACAUAGACUUUCAAGGUGAUGCAUUGUACUAUAAGGUGCAUUUUAGUCAUUUUUUCUGCUGUUGAUUAGCAUUGAACAAUAAGGCUCACUUGGCUUGAGUUAUUUAUUUUAGGCCUGUGAAUAUUGCAGUCCCUUUUUAGUAAGCCUGUGUCCAUUUUAAGGUGAAGAUGCUAAGCUUGCUAUACAUGUAUAUACUAUUGAAAUUCUGUACUGGAACACAUUUGACGGUCAACAUUUUUUGUACUUUUUCUAAAUCCAAUAUUUCACAAUAAAAACUUGUUAAAACAUCAA